CCGGAGGACCAGGUUGGAGCUGAGGAGCGGAGGAGCGGACAUGUCCACCCUGGGCUGGUGGCGCCGCCGGGCGCCAGGGACCGUGCGGGCGCACUAGCCAGGGCGCGGGCUGCGCCUCGCUGGCCUCUCGGCCAGCAGCUGUGCGUGCGGUGCGGUGCGGUGUGGUGAGCUUUGCCUUCUCGAACUUCUACCCUUUUCCGAGACGGCUGGCAAGAGGAGAUCGGACUAGAUCCCAACGCCAGGGGGCUGGGUCCAGGUCCCUGGCAUUUUGACUGUUCCUGUGCGUAGUGGCUUGUUCAGAAGUUGCAGAAAGGAUCUGUUCCAACAGGUCCCUGAGCACUGGCUGGCACAGCUGCUGCGUCCUUCCCGUGACCCAUUUCGGUUGCUGCACUGACAGCUUUCCCUAGAGAGAUGAUGCCGCUCAAGCGCUUUUACUCUGGCAGAGCCAAGAAGUCCUGGGUCCCAGACCUGUAUGACCUAGACAGUGACUUGGCUCAGUACCCGGAUGCCAUCGUAGGAGGAAGUCCGACUGACUCUGAAUUUUCUCAUCAGAGGUUUCGGAAUUUCCUCUACGUGGAAUUUGUCGGGCCUCAGAAGACCCUGCUCAGACUCCGAAACCUCUGCCUGGACUGGUUGCAGCCGGAGAUUCACACCAAGGAGGAGAUCAUCGACCUCUUGGUCCUUGAGCAGUACCUGAACAUCCUCCCCGAGAGGGUCAGGCUCUGGGUGCAGGCCCGGCGGCCACAGACCUGUGAGAAGCUCGUGGACCUGCUGGAGAUGUACCACGAGGUGUACGGGCCCGAAGACAACGGUCUCAACAUACACAUUGAAGGCAGAUUGAACCGCAAUGGAGUAAACAACCCCCUCGCACGCGCCCUCUAUUUCUACAGAGACCGGGACCGGGAUUGGGACCAGGACUGGGAUCGAGACCGAGCCUGGGACCGGGCCUGGGACCGGGCCUGGGACAGGGCCUGGGACCGAGCCUGGGACCGGGGCCGGGCUUGGGAGCGAGCCCGGAUGCGGGAGCGGGAGCGGAGGGCCAGAAGCAGGGACCUGUCCUUGCGAGAGCGCUGGCCGUAUGGCAGGAUUCCCAGAAGCAGGUUUCCUCCCCGGGAUCUUUCCCUUCCUGCUUCGAUGGAGAGAGCGUUUGCGACGGAAAGAGGGCGCCGCCGUCGGAGCUUGAUGAUGCAGUACGAGUUGCAGUCCCAGGACACGAUGUCGUACCAGGACAUGGUGAAGCUCACUGAGGACAGGAAGGCGCAGAACUCGAUCAAGGACAACAUGGAGAACUACAGGAAGCUGCUGUUCCUGGGGCUUCAGCUUGCCGAAGAUGAUGGCCACUCCCACAUGACACAAGGCCAUUCACGGUCAAAGAGAAGUGCCUACCCAAGCACCAGUCGAGGUCUGAGAACCAUGCCUGAAGCCAAAAAGUCAACCCAUCGCCGGGGGAUCUGUGAAGAGGAGGCUUCGCAUGGAGCGAUCAUGGAAAAAUUCAAGGACGUUUUGCAAAACCCCACAUCCGCGAGACCGAGAGUACCUAGUGACCGGUUUCCAAGGGUCCCCAGAAGGGCAGACCACGAUUGGAAAGAAGUGUCCUUAGACAGAGAGUCAGUGAUUCAGGAGGGGGGCUGUGCAGGGAAUGCCUGUCGGGGAGCUUGUAAUUGUAACUCAAACCUUGUUUCCAAAAAGAAAGUUCUCGAGAGAAAAAGGCGCUAUGAGUUUGACACCGAUGGGAAGGGUUCUGCUCACGAUCAGAGAGACUCUCCCCGGAAGAAACCCUUUGAAGGGGGUGAGAUGAGAAGAGCCAUGAGCAUGAGCAGCCUUAGCCCCCCUUCUGCCGAGUCGCAGCCGCUUGAUUUUGCCGCCAUGCCCUAUGUGUGUGAUGAGUGCGGGAGGGCUUUCAGUGUGAUUUCUGAGUUUGUCGAACAUCAGAUCAUGCACACUAGAGAGAAUCUCUAUGAGUAUGGUGAAGCGUUUCUCCGUAGUGUGGCUGUCACUCGGAAAAGUGCGGCUCGAGGGAAAUGCUUUGAGUGUAAGGAGUGUGGGGAAACCUUCGAUAAGACCGUCGAUCUUGCUGAGCAUUGUCAGAUUCACUCUAGAGGGCAUCUCACAGAAUGUAAUGAUGAGGAAUAUGAGGAGCCCUUCAUGCCUAGCCCCACCUUCAGUGAGCUUCAGAAAAUGUAUGGGAAAGAGAAAUUCUAUGAGUGUAAGGUGUGUAAGGAAACCUUCCUUCAUAGUUCUGCUCUGGUUGAGCACCAGAAGAAAAUCCAUGGGAGAGAUGACAAAGAUGAUGAAGUCUUCAAGCCCAACCCAGCCUUUAAGGGGCUGCAGAGAAUGCAUGCUAAAGAGAAAAUGUACGAAUGUAAUGUGUGUGGGGAGACCUUCCGCCACAGCUCAUCUCUGAAAGAACAUCAGAAGAUUCACACCAGAGCAAACCUGUUUGAAAACAAGAGCAAAGCGUGUGAGGAAACCUUUAUUCCUGGUCAGCCCCUUAGAAGGCGUCAGAAAUAUUACUUACAGGAAAAGCUCUAUAGCUUUAAAGAUGAUGGGGAUGCCUUUGGGCAAAAGUUCCUGUUCCCCAGUGAGCAUCCCUCAGUUCAUUUUCAGAAGAAUUCCUAUGAAGGCAGGGCGUAUGGGAAGUCUGUCAUUCAUAGCAGGCCCUUUACUGAGUCUCGGAAGAGUCAUACUAUAACAAGACCACCUGAGAACGAGGACGAGAAGGCAUUCACCAUUAGCUCUAAUCCUGAUGACAACCAGAAGAUUACCACUAAAGAAAAUGUCCUUGAGAAGAAACCAAACGAGAGGUCUGUUAUUCAUAGCUUAUCUUUGGCUGAAGUUCAGAAAUGUCACAGUGCCGUGGGGCCCAAUAAACCAAAAGUGAUUGCAGAGUCUACCAUUACAAGCCCAAAUAUUCCUGAACAGAAAGUCCAUGCUGGAGAGAAGACCUCUGAAGAAAAGAAGAAUGAGAGGUCCGUUAUCCAUAGCUUACCCGUUUUCAAACUUCCCAAAAGUCCCAGUGGAAAUGAAUGGAAUGAGAAGGGAGGAUUCUCAAAUCUUCAUGCUAAGCAACAGAAACCUCCUGCCAGACCCACCCCUAAUGAAGGGGACAAGAGUAACAACUACAAGGACUCUGUUAUACGCCGUGUAUCUGGUACUGAACCUCCAAAAAGUCUUGCUGCAGAGGGAGCCAGUGAGUUUAAGAAGGAUGGCCAAUCGACUGUUUCCAAAUCAAAUGUCCCUGAACAUCAGAAGGCUCGUGCUAAGAAGAAAAACAUUGAGCGCAGGAACUGCGAGACUUCAGUAAUUCACUCCCUGCACUUCGGUGAACCUGAAACCUUUCUCCCCAGAGAGAAACUCUAUGAAUGUCCAGAGUGUGGAGAGUCCUUCGUUCGUAGCUCCGACCUCACUGAACAUCAGAAGAUUCACCAUAGAAAGAAGCCUUUUGGAAGCAAAAACUACGAACGAUCUGUUAUUCGCAGUGUAGCCUCUGCUGAUCCACAGACAAGUUAUGCUGAACAGCCAGUGCAGGUGAGAUAUGGCCAAGAGCCAGAAGGGAUGACUUGCAUUCAGCAGCCAGAGCAGGCUAGUUUUCUUGAUGAGCUAGUGGAGAUGAGUUAUGUGAAAGAGCCAGUGCAAGGUUACGGUCAGGAGCCAGUGGGGAUGACCUGCCUUCAAGAGCCAGAAGGGAUGACCUGCCUUCAAGAGCCAGAAGAGAUGACCUGCCUUCAAGAGCCAAUCCAGACUAGUUUCUUCGAAGACCUAGUGGAGAUGAAUUAUGUUGAGGAACCAGUGCAGGGUUACGGUCAGGAGCCAGUCGGGAUGAUUUGCAUUCAACAGCCAGCACAGGCGAGUCAUCCUCGCCAGCCAGUGGGAGUGAGUUCUGCUGGACAGCCAGCACAGGCAAGUCAUCCUCGCCAGCCAGUAGGAAUGAGUUCUGCUGGACAGCCAGCACAGGCAAGUCAUCCUCGCCAGCCAGUAGGAAUGAGUUCUGCUGGACAGCUGGCACAGGCAAGUCAUCCUCGCCAGCCAGUGGGAGUGAGUUAUGCUGGACAGCCGGCACAGGCAAGUUGUGCUCAGCAUCCAGUGCCGCAAGAAUGUAAGGACUGUGGGCAAUCCUUCGCGACCAUUGAAGACCUUGGUGCCCAUCAGAAAAUCUACACUCAGGAGAAGUUCCAUGGAGGUUCUGUUAUUCGGGGUGCAGUCGGUGGCCGGCCUGAGCAGGAAGAGCCUGAGCCGGAGGAGGAGGAGGAGGAGGAAGAUUCUGAGGAUUCAAUCUAUGGAUGUAAGGACUGUGGGCUGGGCUUUGCAGAUCGGGCCGACCUUAAGGACCAUCAGAAAGUUCAUGGCAGAGAGUACCUUGUCGACACUCGUGAGUACACUCAGUCUGUAAUUCACACCCAUUCCAUCAGCGAGUAUCAGAGAGACAACACUGGAGAGCAGCUCUUCGAAUGCCCAGCAUGUGGCGAGUCUUUUGUUCACAGCUCAUUCCUCUUUGAGCACCAGAAAGUUCAUGAGCAAGACCCAUAUUAUGGCCACAGGAGGUAUGAUGAGCCUUUUAUGAAUCCUUUCAUCCUUAACCCACAGAGGUUCCGUGCCCCACAGGCAAAUCCUACAGCGAUGUAUCUUCAGUGCCACGUGUGUGGGCAAGAUUUCAUUCAUGGCUCUGUCUUCAAUGAGCAUCUGGCACUUCACAUGGGAGAGGGCUCACCGGAGCAGGCCCAGAGGAGCAGUGACGCUGUCAGUGCAGGCUUGGCCCUCGCAGAGUUACAGAGAAGCCAGGCCGAAGAGAAGCACUACGAGUGUGGAAUAUGCGGAGAGGCCUUCCUCAGCCAGGCAGACCUGAGGGAGCACAAGAAAAUUCACGAGAAGGAUGAUGAGCCCUACGAUUACGGGGCUUCCUUCGUUCAUACCUCGUUUCUUACCGAACCCCCGAAGGGAGAUUCUCCAUUCUUUGAGUGCAAGGACUGUGGGAAGUCCUUCAUUCAUAACACAGUUCUCACUAAGCACCAGAAGUUCCAUGUGGAAGAGGAAGAAGCAGCAGCCCAGGAAGUCGAAGCCAAUGUUCUUGUUCCUCGAGAAGUUCUGCGGAUCCAGGGGUCGAACAUGGAGGCUGCCGAGCCAGAAGUGGAGGCCGCUGAACCGGAAGUAGAGGCUGCUGAGCCCAAUGUGGAGGCCGCUGAGCCCAAUGGGGAGGCUGAAGGACCAGAUGGGGAGGCUGCAGAGCCAAAUGGAGAGGCCGAACAGCCCAACGGAGAGGCCGAACAGCCCAACGGGGAUGCUGAUGAACCAGAUGGUGCAGGAAUCGAAGACCCUGAAGAGAGAGAUGAAGAGCUAGAGGGGAAGGCUGAAGAGCCAGAGGGGAAGGCUGAAGAGCUAGAGGGGAAGGCUGAAGAGCCAGAGGGAGAUGCCGAUGAGCCAGAUGGUGCAGGGAUCGAAGACCCAGAAGAAGAAGAUGAAGAUGAAGAGAUUCAGGUUGAAGAACCAUACUAUGACUGCCGGGAAUGUGGAGAGACCUUCACUACCACCUCGGCCUACGGGGAGCACCGGCAGACCCAUGCCAGAGUGAUCAUAUUUGAGUCUGGAAAUGUCUAUGGGGAAGGCUCCCACUACACUGGGCAGGCCAGCACCAGCACUCAGGGCAGCGAUAGGGCUGAAGACAAGUACUUCAAAUGUGAUGUCUGCGGUCAGUUCUUCUGCGACCGCCUCUCCCUUGCUAGACACCAGAACACCCACACUGGCUGAGAACACAAGUGGAAGGUCGGACAGCCUUUCCUGACUUAGGACCUGACCCUCACAGCAAAACCACAGCAACCCAUAGUAACGUCAGAAGGACACUUAGCUUGGCUUGUACACACUGACUUUUAACCUCGGAUACCUUGGACUGGAAAGGAACCGGAGGCGGUUCCAUUGGUCUUACCUCUUUCCCCGUCGUACACCAGUGCGUGCAUGUGGGGACGCCACAGCACAUCCCUUCCCUUUCAUCCUAGUGACCGGGUUGAGGGACAGUCCUAGGAGAGCUGAGACUACAGAAAUAGCCCCAACCAAAUGAUACCCCUGUAACCUACAUAUAACUUUCCUGAGCUGUAUAUAAAAUAGCAAAUCAUAGCAAACAGUAGUCACAGGUACUUGGAUUUAAUGAUACAGAGUUACAGUUUACUGUGCAGAGAUACCUCCGUGGUAUGCUUUGAUUUUUUUUUUUUAUUGGAAGAGGAAAUGAGCAACACACUUGUAAAUAUCUUAGUUCCUGUGAAAGAUUUGUUGUGCAUUACUUUAACCCCUUCAGUAUCUUUCUGAGUAACUGUGUUGUCCCUUACUCUUAAAUAUUCCUGUCAAGGUGUAGGCAUGCAAGAUAAUGUCCUUUCCUCUGUGCGGUUCGAAAGGAGUUCUUUGAGCUUCCUUUUCAGUCAUCUCGUCUACACCAACACCUUGUAACCUAAUGCUGUAUACGCCUUUGCAAUUUGUGGAUUGACCUUUUGUGACCCAAGUUGAUUCCUUGCCAUAUUGUACCUUGCAGUGAUUCUCAUGCAAAAAUACUGCAAGUUUGUGUUUGUUUAACCAACUUAAUGUGUGCUCGAGAGUGAAUCCACAAACGCCAAGCUUUUCCCUGUAAAUCUUGCUUCUUUGCCUUUAAGAGAGUGGGUUGCAACCAUCACUAGAUCGCGACAGUGCCUAAUGAAGGUUGAAACCGUCAGGAGAGCCUCUCCUGUUGUAAAUAUGGAUGCAGGUGACAACUGUCAUCACUUUUUGUGCGCUUUCUGCCUUAAGUGACACGUAGCAGCGUGGCUUUGUUAGUGUGUGCCGCCACGAGUCAGCUUGCACCUGGGCGCCCAGGAGCUUGUAUCCUUAGAGCUUUCUAUUACCGAACCUAAUUCUUGUCUUCACCUGUCUGACCCUCAGCCCCGUGUCUAACUCGCAUUUUUUUUAAAAAGAAAAGCUUUCUUUACAGUCAACCUAAGCUUAACAUGGACUCAGGUUCCCAGCGCCUUAAUUUGUUUUGUUACCAUUGUUCUCUCCUCGUUCAGCCCUCCUGAGUAGUUUUGAUCUGAUUCCAUUAAUUACAGAUCGACCUUACAGCUUGCGGUUUCCUGUGUCCUUUUCUGUGGGCCACUUGUGCUCCUUUUGCUUCCCCUCACCCCUGCGUCGUGACUAUUGAGAUUUUUUUUUUUUUUGGCUUUGUGUUGACUGGAAAAAUAAUUUUAAAAUUUAAAAAAAAUGUAAAGUGGAUCUGAUGAAGAAGUGAACAAAAGAUAAGAGCAGAUCAUUUGAGAAAGAAAAUGCCAAUGCUUUCUUUGGGAAUGUGCCCAAAUCUCACUCUCCUAGAUCUGCAUGGUUAGGGCUUGAGAGUGUCAGAGCUGCUGGGAGUGCCAAAGUCUGGAGGAGUUGUGGGGCUGAGGGCAUGGAGCAGAACGGAGGAAGCCAAAGAAAGGAGUCCUAACACAGCAGCAGACCGGGAGGGUGAGGAAGCAGGCAGAGGGAAACACCGGAAAUGGACUGGAAGGCCAGGUCGGUGAGAAUAUGGCCUGGGCACUUUAGAGGGGGCCAUCUGGAUGGCACAGUGGUGGCGAGGGCCAGCUGCAUUGAAAGACCAGAGGUUGGAACGGACAUCCGGAAAAAUGGGAGCAGGGCCCUUGAGAAGGGAGCCAUUGCUGAUGUUGGGGCCAACUCGGGUUCAUCCCUGUUGGCAGCACCAAUUGGUAGCUCCUUCUCCGAAAGCAACUCGCCAAAUGUCAGGGUGUUCGUUCCAACCUUGUGUUCGUGAAAAAUUAGGAACAACUUUGAUGCCAAACAAUAGAAUGAUUAAGUGAACCUAUGUUGAUUCUUACUCAGCUGUUUUAAAAAUGAUAAUCAUGCAGAGUUAUGUAGUAGCGUGGAAAUAUAUUUACAGAAUAUUAAGUGGAAAAAAGCAGGACACAGAAUUAUAUUUAUACUACAAUUAUAACUGUUUAAAAAGGUAUGAUUUUAGUCAACAGCUGUUGUGUUGUAGGCUUCUAGUUGAGCAUUAUUUUUCUUAAAUUCCUUGAUGUUCUUAAUGGUGGUGGUGUUGUUACUAAAAAGUUUAUAGUCAUGUCUCCAUUGUGAACAAAAUUUGAACUCAUUAUCAGAUACUUGGAAAAAUACAGAAAAGUGGAGGAAAACAAACAAACCAUAUUCCCACCAUCCAAAGACAGAUACAAUCUUUAGUAUAUUGUUUCUUGUUUCUGUGCACAGGCUUAUGAUUAUCACUGUGUUAAACUGUGUAUUCAAAGUUGAUGUUAUGUUACCUUGGUUUUCAAAUGUCCCUUAUUAAUAGUAUUCUGAUUUUAAAAAGUUUAUUAUGCUUCUAUUACAAGCAUAAUACAUACCCAGAGGAAAAAAAAUUGGAAGAUACAGUAAAUUAGAAAAGAAAAAACUUCACUCAUAUUCCCAACACCCAACAACUGAAUAUCUUGAUCUGUUUCCUCCAUCUUGUGCACAAACUUAUGGUGAGUGUUGAAUAUGUAUGCAUCAAGUCUACAGUGAUAAAAAGUGUGGAGAAUCAUUAACAUAGUGUUGUUGUUAUGGAAUUAUGGUUAAGUAUUUUGUCUCAAAUUCCUUGGGUGAUCUUUGGUGUUUUGCUAUUAAAUCUUAUGUAUUUUCCCAUUGCAAAUAUAAUACUCAGAAUUUGGGGGAAUUCAAUCAAAUAGAAAAGAAAUCCACCCAUAUUCCCAGCACCUAACAGCUCCUAUUAACAUCUGUCUGUACACCAGUCUGUGAUUGUUAGGGUGUUAAUGAUAAGUAUGCAUAGAGUCAAAGAUGGGAAGAAAUAUGGAAAGUAAUUAAGAAAUAGGUGUGUGGUUGUGGGAUUACAGUUAAGUAUUUUGUCUUGAUUUCCUUGAAUGAUCUUUAUCGUAGUGUUUUGGUAAUUCACUUUUAUUAUAUCUAUUUCCAUAGUAAUCACAGCGUGUGUUCAUUAUAGAAACUUGGAGAAAGUAGAAGAGAUACACCCAUAUUUUCAUCAUCCAAAGACUGUGGUUAACAUCUUGAUAUAUUUUUGCAUCUUGUUUCUGUGCACAGGUUUUUGGUUUGUUAAUAUGGUUGUGGUCGUUCUAUCUCUCUGUAAUAGUGUCACCAAUAAAAAUAAAGUUAACAAUAAGA